GAUCGCCUGUGAGAUAAAUAACACGACACAACCUCCUCAGCAUUAGCCAAUGACGCGCUUGAUGUCCCAACAUCAUGGAACCGCUUGACUCUGUUGCACUGGCGAACGCACCUUAUCUCACCUUUUAUCAAAAGACUGCACUCAAGAAAGGCAAUGUUUUGACUGUCUCCAAUCUCAUUCUACUCUCGGUGCCAGAUCUUGGCCGCCGGUGCCGAAUCUCCCCGCUCGAAGCCAAAGCAAUCCUCGAAGUUGUCUGUCUCAACAGCGCUCCCAGAGCUGUAUCCCUUGAAGAGAGCAGCAAUGUCGAGCAAAUGAUCUCAACGGGAGAUAGCCAGAUUGAUACUGCUUUGGGAGGAGGUAUACGGACGGGAAUGGUGUGGGAAGUGUUUGGGGAAAGUGCUGCAGGGAAGACGCAGUUGGCGCUGCAACUCAGUUUACUCGUUCAAACACCUCCAUCGACCGGUGGCGUGACUGGUUCUGCAUGCUACAUCUCUCUUUCUGCCCAGUCCCGGUUGCAAACAUCGAGACUAAAGCAGAUGCUAGACGCGCGUCCAGAUCUCUCUCUCGAAGUAUGCGGACUAGACGACAUACACACCAUCAAAAGCCCGACGAUCCCCUUCCUGAUUCAAAUACUUUCAAAGAUUCUACCUGAUCUCAUCGCCCAACGAGCGGCGUCUCCGGGAUGCAAACCCGUCAAACUGGUCGUUCUUGACGCAUUGGCCGAGCUUUUUCACACAUCAGACAAGACUUCGACAACCACACUUGUUGAACGUGCCCAGAGUGUGGUGGAAAUAUCAUCCUUGCUUCACAGUCUAGCAAGCGAACACAACGUCGCUGUCCUGGUUCUCAACGAAGUCACGGACGUGUUUUCUCAUGAAGAUGCGGAAUUGGAGUUUUUCGGAGCUGAACUGGGAUAUCGCCAGCAGGCCCGAUGGUUUGGAACUUCGGCAAGCAUUCUGGGACAAAACAGGAAAGAGGCUCAGUUGGGGCUGGUAUGGGCAAAUCAAGUCAAUGCACGUAUUAUGCUCUCAAGGACUGGUCGCCGGCGUUAUUUGCACACCGUUCAGUCUGCCAAGUUCUCCAAGUCAGCCGAUGGACGACCCUUGGCACAACCAACUGAGACAGUAGAAGACAGCGCCGUACUAAUUCGACGGCUUAGCGUCAUAUUCAGUUCCGUUGGACCACCCUGCUCUCUUGAUUUUAUUGUCGCUGAAGCUGGUAUCUGUGCUCUGCACGACGAUGAAGACUUGGACCAAGCGCAGCAGACUACAGGUCCGAUAAGCGAUGUCACUGUCGCUGGACUUUCCCAUUUCAAAAUUGAUCCGCUGGAUAUUGCUUCCUCUGCUGAAGAUAUGCUGCAAACUGAAGAUGCAGAUGACUUGUAUUGGGAUAACUUUCCCGAGCCUGACUCGGACCUCAUACAACAGGAGACAUUGGAAUGA